AUGGCGGUGGCUACUGCGGGUCCAGCAUACAAGCUGUGGUUUCUGUCGACAGGCAUUGUCUUUCUCUUUUUCCUUCUUUUUGCAUUUUACACCGACUCAAUCAAGUCGCCUUUGGACUACGCCCAUGCGAAAGCCGCAGAGUUUUGCAGCGAUUCGGCUCCACAAACUACAGCAGAGGCCGAUCCCAAAGACGGAAAGUUCGGUAACUGCAAAGACCCCUAUCGCCGUCCGGGCUAUCUCUAUGUACCAGCAGAAACAGAGAGAUACAGAGAGACGCGAUGGAUGCCAUUCACAGACAAGUUUCUCAACUCUGAGGAUCCCGAAACUGCAGAGUAUCCUCACACGGGAGGAGACCUCAUCUUCAACGAUACAGACGUCCCGCGGACAUUCUUUACAGGAUCGGAUAUACCUAUAGAAUGGAUGAAGCUGGCAGUAAAGGAGAAUAAGCGUCGAAAGGAAGCCAUGGCGCAUAUCACCAACGCAACAUCAGAAGAUUAUCACAGGAUGAGAAACGAUGCUGAGUUCGGCUGGCUCUGGGGCCGUCGAGUCGUAUCAUUCGGCGACUCUAUCGACAGGCGAGCAGCCAGGUAUGUCUGCCAUGAGUUCGGCCACGACAUGGAAUUCCCCAAGCUUCACGAGAUAGAGCAGUGGCCCAUGGGUGUCUGCCACAUCCCCGCAUUCAACCUGACAUUCACUGCCUUCCACUCCGCAGGCGGUUUUACCUACAGGCCCGAAUGGUUUUGGUACAAGCAGAUGCGCAUCAUCCCAUUUGAGAGACGCUGGGAAGAGCUUUGGCAACCACAUGAGCGAGAUAUCCGUGGCCCCAAUGGCAGGCCCGAUCUGAUACUCUGGCAGAAUGGGCUCUGGGACCAGAGAGGCUUCCAAGUCGGCGGACAAAAGCUCCACGAAGGACAGAACGUCACCCUGAACGGGAGACACAGGAAAAUGGUCUGGGACGAACUGCAUUUCUUCUUAGCUCGUACGAAGAAGUAUGCAGAGAUGCUCAUCAGAGAAUUUCCAGACACGCCUAUGAUGUGGCGAAGUCUAACGUAUCACCAAAAGACUGGCUCAGGAGAUAUCAUGGUAGUUGAGAUGGACCGUCUUGGACGCGCUUUGGCAGAGCAGUAUGGACAUGAGGUCUUUGAAUGGGGUCGUAUCGUUAGUCUAAUGGGGAGCUGGUAUGAAGAUGGUACACACCCGGGUGAGGGCGCGUUGACUUGGUUAUGGGGAAACAUGAUUCUAGAAUAUCUCGCAAGAUCAGCGAAGUCGAAACUUGGAGGCGAUUAUAGGUUUCCGUAUUUUGACGGAUGGGAGCGGUGCCACGAGGAACUCGUUGGGUGGGGAGGCCGAUAG